AUGGCCACAUUCAGUCUUCUCCCUGUCGAAAUCGUCAAACAUAUCGCGUCUUGCUUCGAUGCACUAGAAGAUGUCUCUGCCCUCGGACUCUCGAAUACGAGUCUUUACAACAUCAUAAACGAAUACACCGAACCCGGGGUGACUGCAUAUAUUGCGAUAUGCAGUCUCGAGCUCGCCCUAAUCACGACGAGCAUCCGAAUCCUGGGCGUCGAAUCAAUCAAACAAGGUCUUACCCACAAAGUCGGUAAGAUCUACGCUUUGGAUCGGGUCGUCGAGCAGAACAGGGUAGAUAUUUUCAAUCUCCUCGAGCCCUUUUUCACUACCGGCAAUAAGGGCAUUCUGCGAGGUUUCCAAUCGGUAGUCUGCUUCAACAACCGCAAUUUAAUUACACUCCUGGUUCCAUAUCUCAGCAACGAGCACGUCGUACGUGCUAUCGAUCACGCCUGCCUCCGGGCGACCCCGGUUCUACUGAACUUUAUCCUUCAUCAGGUUCCCGUCGAACCCCGGAUCGAGGGGAGCAGCCGUAAUGUGGAACUCGCAGUUACCUCUGGCCGAAUCAACCUCCUCCGUGUCCUCAUCAGCGGGGGUGCAAGGGUCAAUGACCUCCUGGUAGAUUGUGACGAAGGGGAAGACCGCACAGUCCUUCAUUGGCUUGCUGUCUACGGGAUGUUAACCAGCCAGCAGUUCGGGGCCAUCCGGCCGAUGGUUAAAAUGUUAUGCGAUGCGGGUGCGGACGUGAACGCCACCGAUACCGAAGGAAAGACAGCACUCCACUACCUCGCGGAGGUCGGAGCAGCAGCGGUGAAGCCGGGGCUUUUAUUUAAGGACGACUUUACAAAUGAGCGUAUUGAUUUCGUCUACGAAUGCAUCGUGCGGAAUUUAAUCGAUGCCGGCGCCGACAUCAACGCGCAAGACAAUUCCGGGAGAACGCCGUUGCACAUAUCUUUCGCGAAAAAGGAGAGGAUCUUUACGAGAAUCGUCAUCCAGCACGGAGUCAACGCCCUCAUUACGGACGAUGAAGGCCGGAGAGCAACUGAUAUUCCGGGAUACACAAUUCCCACCCUUAGCUUUGACUAUGGAGUGCGGAAAUACGAGCGGAGUCAAGAGGCAAAGUUCGGAAAGCUUUGGGCCUCUGUGCUCUGA